AUAUCGCUUUUUACAGCAGAUUUACUAGCUAGCAAUAAAUAAAUGACAAUGAUUUGGAUGUGUAUAUUUAUUUGUUUUUCUUAAAGCUAAUUAAGUAUUUUAGGAAAAAAGUGUGAGAACUGCCACCAGCAAGGGUUGCGGGCUGCACUCUGAGGCCACCAAAAAAUUUGUCCCGAGAACCCCUGCCCUAGUUUCAAAGCAAACCUUGCCACAGACUCUGGGAUGACUUUUCAUGAUAUGGAAAGCUCCAAACCUUAACUGAUAUUUUUCCAACAAGGGAAAGUAUAGAUUGCUAAGUAAACUGCACAGAGAUAGAAAGACCAGGUAAGCUAUUUCAAUCACUGGUGUAUGUUAACUUUGUCGUUUGGUUACUGAUCGUACUCAUGCAAUGGUUUGACCAAUUGCUGUUUUCCUAUUAUUCUCCCUUUAGUUAACCACUUGUUUGUAUUAUUGUUAACUCCUUAAAUUGGCUAGCUUGAUUUAUAUUAGAGAGACAAGGUGGGUGAGGUAAUAUCCGUUAUUGGACCAACUUCUGUUGGCUGAGAGAGACAACCUUUCAAGCUACACUGAGCUCUACUUCAGGUCUGGAAAAGGUGCUCAGAGAGUCACAGCUAAAUACCAGAUUGAACAUGGUAAUUUCAAUCUAAUUUUCAUGUUGUUUAGUACUUCAGGGAAGCAUAAAAAAUGUGUUAGCUGUUUUUGCUCUUGAAUAAAAGUUAUAAAACCACCCCAAAUUGGUUUUCUCUGCUCAAAUGGCGAUGAGGUAAAAACAACCUUAAUUAAAGGGACUUUAAUUAAAUAUUAAUUAAAAUAUUUGACUGAAGUCCUGAAAAGCCUAUUGUUGCUACAGCCCCCCAUUGGCAAACUCAGGUAAGGCAGUGGGCUUGGAUGAUAAGAAUAGAGGUUGAACUACUCAGGGGUGGAUUGACUCUGCUUUACCCUCCCCAACACAGAAGGCUAUGGCAAAAAGAGUCGCAGUUAUUGGAGCAGGGGCCAGUGGCCUAACAGCCCUUAAAUGCUGUUUAGAUGAAGGACUCCAGCCAACAUGCUUUGAGAGAAGUGAAGACAUUGGGGGACUGUGGCGGUUCCAGGAGUGUGAUACGGAUUGGAAAGCCAGUAUUUAUAAAUCUGUGACCAUUAACACUUCCAAGGAAAUGAUGGGUUACAGCGAUUUCCCCAUCCCAGAGGACUACCCCAACUAUAUGCACAACAGCAAAGUCAUGGACUACUUCAGAAUGUACACCAAGCAUUUUGAUCUUCUCCAAUACAUACACUUUAAGACAAGCGUGCUCAGUAUAAGAAAACGCUCCGAUUUUUCCACCACUGGCCAGUGGGAUGUUGUCACAGAGACAGACGGGAAGCAGAAUUCGGCCAUCUUCGAUGCCAUUUUGGUUUGCACUGGCCACCACAUAGAUCCUUACUUACCCCUGGAAUGCUUCCCAGGUGUAGAGAAGUUUAAAGGAAAAAUAAUGCACAGCCGGGAAUACAAGUAUCCAGAAGAAUUUCGGGACAAGAGAAUGGUUGUGGUUGGCUUGGGAAAUUCUGGAGUAGAUAUUAGUUUGGAUCUCAGUCACACAACCAAACAGGUAUUUCUCAGCACCAGGACGGGCGCCUGGGUGGUGAAUCGCGUCUCUGACAACGGCUUCCCCCUCGACGUGGUACAUUUCACACGCUUUAAAAAUAUGCUGCGCCACAUCAUCCCUUUGUACCUGAUGAACCGCUGGGGGGAGAACAAGCUGAAUGCCAGGUUUAACCAUGAAAACUAUGGACUGAAACCUAAAUUCAGGUUUCUCAGCAAGUACCCGAUCGUGGGGGACGACCUGCCCAACGCCAUCGUUUCUGGCCGGGUGCUGAUGAAGCCCAACGUGAAGGAGUUCACCGACACGGCUGUGAUUUUUGUGGAUGGGAGCCGGGAGGAGAACAUCGAUGUCGUGCUCUUUGCCACAGGAUACAACUUCUCCUUCCCCUUCUUGGAGGAGAACGUCCUCAGAGUCAACAACAACCGUGUCCCUCUGUAUAAGUUUGUCUUCCCUCCACACCUGGAGAAGCCGACGCUGGCUAUCAUCGGCCUCCUCCAGCCACUGGGGGCCAUCAUGCCCAUUGCGGAGCUUCAAGCUCGCUGGGCCACCAGGGUCUUUAAGGGUCUGCUUAAGUUACCUUCACUAGAUGACAUGAUGGCCGACAUUGCCAAGAAGAUAAAGGAGAAUGAGAAACGGUACAUUCCGAGCCAGCACAUUACCCUGCAGGUGCAGUACAUCGAUCAUGUGGAUGAACUCGCCUCCCUAUUGAGUGUGAAACCCAACCUGCUGUUUCUCUUCCUGACGGAUCCGAAGCUGGCCCUGGAAGUGCUCUUCGGCCCGUGCACACCAGCCCAGUUCCGUCUGACUGGACCGGGGAAGUGGGAUGGUGCUAGGAAGAGCAUCCUGACCCAGAGACAACGCAUCUUAAAGGCCACAAAAACUCGGGCUCUGAAAACCCACUCUGAGAAUGACACCUGCCUGGUCUCCUCUCUGUGCAUUAAAAUAAUGGGCCUGUUCGUUCUUAUUGCUGCCAUUUGUGCUUAUUUUUAAGUAUCCAUGUGUCGGGCUCCAAGGCCACUGUGCAACUGCAGAGUGAGAAGAGCCGUAAUGUUAAACUGGCCUUUGCUUUGCAUCACGCUUGCUCUCCAUGGCUUAUUGUUUGCUUCCUGCUCAAAGCCGCGCGGGCUGGAGGUGUCACGGUAAUGUUAGAGGUGAGAACGCUACAAAUAGGAGCUUUGCAAGAGUCACUGAAUCCAUCUUUGGGAACCAGAGAGUGCUGGACUAACCUCCUCACCACCGUAUGCCAUACUAACCUGCACUUGUUCUCUGUACACUUGGACUUUGGAAAUGGUCAUCUCCACCUUCUCUCCUCUACACUGUAGCUGCUGAAGAGGAGGCAAAGACCCAAAUCCUUAUCUCUGUGCAAUGGGCUGUGCUCAGGGGAGUCCUUGGGGGUCACAGUAGCCCAGAGGCUACUGUGUCCUCCCCUCCUCCACAGGUGGACUUAGCAACUGGAUCCACACUGAUCCACCAGCCGUGCCCAUUGCAAGUCAGGUCUGAUAGGAUCCUCUCAGAGCAUGCAGCUAGCUUUAACAUCAUGCUUUCCAUCCAUCCCUAAUAUGCCCACUGGGGAGAAGAAGAUAUAGGGGCUGGCUAUGCAGGUUCUUCAUGCACUCUAGACUUCCCAAUGCCAGGAGAACCGCUCAACAAGAGACCUGUGGGUGGUUUCCACUCACUUUCCAUGCUGGGGUGGUUCAAAGGGAGCAGAGCAGUGCAAAGAAUCUGCCCCAAAGUAUUGAUUGUGGCUCCUUCACCUUCUUGAAAUAAAAUGUUCAGCCCUCUGGCUAGAUACCACUGCUCUAGGCGCUACGCCAGUAUGAGCAACAAGAAUGACUGAUUGCAGUGUAGUAGCCAUGUUGGUCCCAGGGUCUCGCUGAAACAAAGAUAGGUGAGGCAAUCCAAUAAACACCGUGCCGACCUUGCCUCUCUAAUAAUGAUGGUCUCAUUGCAAAAUCAAGGGAGAUCAUGCACUCCACUAGAAGCAACUAGCUUUUCCCCUUAAGCCAAGGGGCUCUGCUACCUUUCAUAAAAUAGUGGCAGGAUCUGCCCUCAGGUUAACAAAAAGUCCCUUGAAAAAUAAAAGUUCCUUAGAGAAUACAUCAGACAAAUCACUGUGACAGGACCUUGGGCUUUAAAUUCUACUCCCUUGUUCCCUUAGUUUGGAGGGCUGUGGAAUUCUCUAAAUCCCCCAACCAUCCAAUAUUCUGGAAUUGCUUGCUCUCAGUCAAUUAACUAAAUCUGUCUGCAAAUGGAGAAUUAAGUCCCCUCUGCUUUGGGUUUUUAUGAGCUAAAGGGAGCCGAUGCAAGGAGCCCAUUUUUCUGCCUUGUGGCCUAAUUUGAUCUCAACACUGCAAAAUAUUUGUUUGAAAUGUUUUCUCUUCGGCCUAUUGGUGAGGAUGUUAGGGUGAGACUAUCGCCUUGGUUUCAAAGACAGUUAAUCUGCUGCACCCAGGGGUCCUGGAACAAUUUGUAUAGUGUGGGUGCUGAGAGACAUUGAACCAAACUGUAAACCCUGUAUAUGAUGGAAACCACUUCAAGCCAGGAGGUGGAGCAGCACCCCUAGUUCCAGCACCUAUGGCUCCACCUGGCAGCACCCAGACUGGCACUCUUUACUUGGACACCACUUCCAUUGGCUUCGGUGGCAGUUUGGUGUGGGUAAGAAGUGCCGGAUGUGGGCUAUAAUACUGGGGUCUAAUUUUAGUUGUCAGGCUUAGAGUGAGGGUAUUGGGUGGUAUUGAUGGCCUGUGAGACACAGGAGGUCAGACUGGAUGAUCUGGUGGUCCCUUCUGGCCUACAACUCUAUAACUCUGAUUGGGUCCUUGCCGUUGCUUAGGAAACUAUUGUGAUGUCACAAAAGAUCAUGAUGUCAGAUGGAGAAUAAGCAGCAGUACCGGCUGGAUUCUUUCAAAAAUUCUGCUUCCAUUUACCAACAUGUAACCCUAUUGAUGUCAAUGUACUGAUAAUCUGGGGACAGGACUUUGCCACCUGUUUUUAUGCAAGUAUCUGUUGCCUUGUAGAUUCAGAUUGAAAAGCCAGAAUGAACCACCGUGAUCAUCUAGUAUGACCUCCUAUGUAACACAGACCAGAGAACUUCCCUGAUACAAUUCCCAGAGCAUAACUUGAAUUAGAGCAUAAUUUACACAUUCAGUUUUGAUUUAACUCUUGUAAAAUAGGACGCCAUAGCUUACAAGCGCAGAAUUGUUUCCAAACUGAUUAUUUUUUUCCAAGUUUUCCAUAUGGCCUCAGUAGCUGUUUAAUUGUCUCUAUGCACUUUUGUUAUCAUAAGUAAAAAGCUCAGUUCUUUAUAACUCAGCUGUAUGUAUUCCUGGCUGAAAUCUGAUGUACAAUGUCCUGAUAACGAAAGCAAUAACUGAGUAGUUUCAUCUUGAGCUGGCUAUAGUGAACAGCAUACAAAACCAUGUGUGACCAACCAUUAUCGACUUCCUGUGCCAUCUGUACCAACCUACAAAGAAUAUCUGUAUUAAGCCAGCAGCAUGCCAGGAGGCUUACAUUGUAUUUCUGAAAAUAAAUAUUUCCCAAAACAAAUACUUACUUUUUAGCAAUUAUUUUAAAACCCUACGUAAGUGCAACAUGAAUAAUAAGCAGAGAGGUCACUAAAUCGGGUGCCUUUUUUAAGUCCUCAAAACGACAAACAAGUCUUUGCUGAAAAUGAUUUAUGAAUAUAAUUCUAUUUUGCUUGGCCGGCCCCACUCUUCUGUAUGUCAGCUAGCCCCAACGUAGGGAAAAGGAAGCUCUAUGAAUUUCAGCUUCUUUUUGUAUAUCACAGCAGUACCUAGGGGCCCCAAGAUUGGGUCCCCUGCUGUGCGAAGCAACAACAGCCAGGUCCCCCUGUAUCAGUUCAUCUUUCCUCCACAUCUAGCUAGCCCACGCUGGCUAUGACUGGCCUCCUCCAGCCACUGGGAGCCAUCAUGCCCAUCUCAGAGCUUGAAGCUUGCUGGGCCAACCGGGAUCUUUAAGGGUCUGUCUACAGUGCAGCAGGGAAUGAGUCUCCCAGCCCAGGUAGAGAGACUUGCACUAGCAGCGCUGACGCAGUGCAUUAAAAAUAUCACUAUGGCCACUCUGGAUCUCGAGCCCACCUGAGCUCUUACUGCUCAGGUCAGGAGCAUCCUUACUAACAUUUUUAGCCUGCUAGGUCAGGCCCCCCUAGCACGAGUCUGUCUGCCCAGGUUGGGAGGCUUGCUCUCAGCCACAGUGUAGACACACACUAAGAGGAAGGGAAAUGGGCACCAGAAACUUCUGUUCUGCUAACAUUUCCCAGCAGCAAUCCGGACAUUUCUGAGCACCUCGGAUACAACAAUGACCAGCACAGCCUGAGAACCUGCAUAGAACAGACCAAAUGCAGGUGCUAGAGAAGGGGUGUCUGGCUGAUUGAGAGAAGAGGGCCAGGUUCCAUGCGUGAUAGUGACCUACAGGCCAUGGUUUCAGUUGGUGGGGAGGGGCUACAAGAAAGGCGGUAUGACCUAGGGGCUAGGGCACUGGUCUGACACUGAAGUGAACUGUGUUUUGUUCCUACUCCACCACUGGCUGACCAUGGGCAAGUCACUUCACCACCCUCUGCCGCACUUGCCCCAUCUGUCAAAGGGGAUAAUGAGUGACCAAUAUAAAGUGCUUUGAGAUUGACAGAUAUGCGCUAUAUUCAAACUAUCAUAUUAAUGCUCACUGCCCACCAUCUGCAGCAGAAUGUCCCAGCAUGUCACUGAGGGGCUAGCUGAUCUAGGGCUGAAUAUGACUGCUACAAAGUAAUGAACGUUCAGUUAACUUAGGGUUACCAUUCGUCCGGAUUUACCCGGACAUGUCCUCCUUUUUGUGCUAAAAAUAGCGUCCGGGGGGAAUUUGUAAAGCACUCACAAUGUCCGGGAUUUCCCCCUCCCUCGGCACAGCAGAGCGAGCGGCUGGGAGGGCUGCAGGAAAGUCCCGGGCUGGACUCCGGAGCAGCUGGAGAGGAGCUCCGCCCUGCAUUCUGAGCAAGUGUCUCAGCACAAAGUGCAGCCCUCCCCUUUUGCAACUGGGAGCGGUUUCUGCCAUGCAGGGUAGCAAAACGGGAGCGAGAGCACUUUGUGCUGAUACAAGGGCAGCUCUCCCCUGCAACCCGGUCCGGACAGGGACCGGGUUUUGUUGUGCAGGGCCAGGGACCGGGUUUUGUUGUGCUGGGGAGCUCAGCCACGUGUCCGGCUCGCACAGAGCCCAACACCCUGUUCUGAGCAGCAGGGUAAGGGG